AUGAAGAAGCUAGGUAUUCUGGUCCAGCCUCCUAACUCUCGCAGCCUGACAGACAAGAAGGGUCCUCGGGUGACGGAUGGUUUCCAGGGCUGCCUGGACUCAGUGAUGCUCAACAACAACGAGCUGCCCCUGCAGAACAAGAGGAGUCGCUAUGCUGAGGUGGUGGGCCUGACAGAGCUGAAGCUGGGCUGUGUUCUCUACCCCGAUGCCUGCCUGAAACAGCCCUGCCUCCACGGCGCUACCUGCAACAGCCUGCCCUCCGGUGGUUUUUCCUGUAGUUGCGGUCCCCAGUACACUGGGGGGCGCUGUGAAACUGAGAUCACGGCGUGCGUUCCCAACCCCUGCCACAACAGCGGUGUGUGCAAAGCCAUCGGCAACGCUUUCCUCUGCAGCUGCAGGAGAGGUUUCAAGGGCAUCACGUGCGAGGAAGACGUAAACGAGUGUGAGCGGGGCGGAGCCACGGGCGGCGAAGCAGAAUGUGAGAACGGCGGUGUGUGUGUCAACACGCACGGCUCGUUCUACUGCAACUGCACGGCGGGCUUCGUGGGCCAGCUCUGUGGCCUGCGGCCCGUGGUGGUACCAGACAUGCAGGCUGGACACGCCAUGGUGGGGAAAGAAGAACUGAUCGGCAUUGCUGUUGUCCUCUUCGUCAUCGUCACCCUCAUCAUCCUCUUCAUCGCCUUCCGUAAGAAGGUGUUCCAGAAGAACUACUCCCGUAACAACUUGACGCUGGUCCAAGAUCCAGCAACAGCAGCUCUCUUAAACAAGGCCAACGGGGUUCAGUUCAAGACCCUGCGCUGCACGCCGGGAGACCCCUUGAACCUGUACGCCGAAGCGGGGCUGUGCGCCACGGUGAUAGGUGGCGGAGSUGGGAUGCUCGGCCCGCCCCAGGUGCCUGUGAGGCCCAUGGCAUACACACCCUGUUUCCAAGGUGAUCCGCGGUCCACGCUGGAGAAGAUGGCGGAUGGGAGAGGCGUGGAACACACUGAGAUGAGCACCUUCCACCCAGAGUCACCCAGGAUUCUGGGAGGCACAGUGCGGAGGGGGGUGGUGGUGUGUAGCGUUGCGCCCAACCUGCCACCUGUCUCGCCCUGUCGUUCUGACUGUGACUCCAUCCACAAGAGCCCCUGGGACAGCGACGAGGGUAAAAUGGUAGAUAUGGGCGAAGAGAUGACCUGUUUCUCAGGGAGCAACAAGGGCAGCAACUCUGAGGUCCAAUCACUGAGCUCCUUCCACUCCGACUCCUGCGACGACAACGCAUAUCACUGGGACACGUCUGACUGGAUGCCCAACUCACGUCUGCCCAACAUCGAGGAGGUGCCCAGUUACGAGGCCAGCGGCCUCGGAGACAUGGUUGCCUCAGCCUCCCGACUGGGGGGCAGCUCUCGCCUGGGGGGCAGCUCUCACCUGGGGGGCAGCGCCCGGGAACUGGAUUCAGACUACUACCUCGGGGGCUACGACAUCGACAGUGAUUUCCCACCUCCUCAUGAGGAAGAGUUUCUGACCCAGGACCAGCUCCCGCCUCCCCUCCCCACUCCCCUGGAGGAGUACCAGGGGCACCCCUACGACACCAUGCCCGCCACCCAGCCCGCCUCCAAGGAGAGCACCCUGAGUGGGAGUGUUAGUGGCAGCACCGGACGCCACAGGUCCCCCCGCCCACACUUCCACCCCAGCCAAUACCUGCCCCCACACCAGCUGCCCCUGGGGGAGGCGGGGCAAGGCGGGCUGGGAGGGGAGGAGUUCAGCACUUUUGUGGGUGGGGCGAUCAUGUCGGGAGGCGGGGACAUGGAUGAUAAUGUGUCACUGAAUAGGAGGUUGUCAGUGAACGCAUCAUCGGCCUCGGACUUGUCGGCCCCCUGCGGUUUUGACGACUCUGAGGCGGGCGGUAGUGACUUUGACAGUAUGGAUGAGCUCCACCGGGGUGGGACACACACCGUAGAGAUGCAGCAACAGACUGAGGUCUGAAGUCUGACUGGGCCCCACUGUGGGGUCAAGGAGAGUGGCAAGGGGACGGGUGGGCAUGAGUGCACGACAGAGACUGCUGGAGUAGGAAGUGGACGCUGUGUCGAGCUGUGCAGGUUCCUCUGGGCUGAGUAAUGAAAGAUGGAGGUAGUCAUUCAGAGGGGAAUGAUUGGUGUUUAAUGGACACACUGCUAGAUAGUGGCUACAUCAUCAAAACAGUACCACCCUAACCCUUCAACCACUGCCAUUGCAAACACUAACCUCAAACCACUUCACCCAUUGCAGGCUUUAUCCUUAAACCACUUUUCUUCAUUCCAAGCCACUACCCUUAUUCAUGACCCUUUAGCCACUACCCUUAAGCUAAUACCAAGCCGCAUGCAAUGGAAAGCAAUGUGUUUUGACACAUUAGUACCUACAGCUGGCUAUCAUCAUAGCCACUACCCUAGCAGUGGCCCGUGUCAAGAUCAGAUGGGUGUUAUCCUCUUCCAUAGUGAGGAACAGAAAGCCUACCAGAUAUGUUGAGUAAGUAGGAAAACAGGGUGAGAAUGUGAAUAAGAAAGAUUAAGUUUUAAAAAAAAAUACAAACUUUUAAGAGACAAGUGCAGAGAAAAUGGAUGAGCUAGUGCAGAGAAAAUGGAUGAGCUAGUGCAGAGAAAAUGGGUCGAGCUAGUGCAGAGAAAAUGGAUGAGUAGUGCAGAG